AUGGCCGAGGUGUAUCAGUCAGCAUUGAAGUCGCCGUCGGUGCCAAACUUGGCGAAAACGGCGGGGGGCGAGGCCACAAACAGGCGGCGCAACACACGGUCGCUGCACCGGGAGGACAAUCUGAGCCUGCUGGACCUAUACGAGGGCGUGGACGACACGGAGGAGGAGCGGGAAGAGGAGGUGGUGCGGCCGCGGGCCGCCAGCGCGGCGAGCGCAGGGCGCGUGCCGCAGCGGGCGGUGCCGCGGGGACGACAGGCGGCAGGGCCGGGGCGCGGUGGCGACGGCCUGCGGGGGGACGGGCGGCCGUUGUUCAUGCACAGCGCGACGACGGUGACGUCGCUGCACACGGAGGCGACGAGCGUGGUGUCGAUGACAACGGGCGGGACGAUCACGCCGACGGGAACGCGGCGGCUGACGCGCAGCGGGUCGCACUGCGACCGGUAUGGGUUCAAGAAGCAGACACAGUACGUGAGCGAGGAGGCGUACGACGCGUGGUGGGAGGGGUACUCGAAAUACUGCAUUCGGCGCAAGCACAAGUGGCGGGCGCUGCUGGCGAAGGCGGGGCUCGGGCUGGACGGCGACAACCCGGACCGGUUCCCGUCGAAGUCGGAGAAGUUAAAGCGCUAUGUGCGCAAGGGCAUUCCGGCAGAGUGGCGCGGCAAUGCGUGGUGGUACUUUGCGCGCGGGCAGGAGAAGCUGAACAAGAACCGGGGCGUGUACGACCGGCUGCUGGCGAAGAUCAACGACCCCAGCGAGCGGGCGACCCUCAAAGACCUCGACGUGAUCGAGCGGGACUUAAACCGGACGUUUCCGGACAACGUGCACUUCCAGAAAAGUGCGAACUCCGAGCAGGAGCCGCCGAUGAUCCGCUCGCUGCGGCGCGUUCUGGUUGCAUUUUCUAUCUACAACCCCAAGAUUGGCUACUGCCAGUCCAUGAACUUUCUGUCGGGGCUCCUGCUGUUGUUUAUGGAUGAGGAGAAGGCGUUCUGGAUGUUGGUGAUCAUUACGUCCCGAUACCUUCCCGGAGUACACAACGUGAACCUCGAGGGUGUCAAUAUAGACCAGGGCGUCUUGAUGCUAUGCAUUAAGGAGUAUCUGCCGGAGUUCUGGAGCCGCAUAUGGCCGGAGAGCGACGGUAAGAAGGCUUCAAACAGAAAUGAGUUCCUCUACAAGUUGCCGCCGAUGACCUUGUGCACCGCCAGCUGGUUCAUGAGCUGCUUCAUCGGCAUCGUGCCAAUUGAGACGACCCUGCGCAUCUGGGACUGUCUCUUCUACGAGGAAUCGCAUAUUCUGUUUAAAAUUUCGCUAGCCAUUAUCAGGUUGAGCGAGCCCGAGUUUCCGCAGCGUCAGCGGCGGCUGAAGAACCGCGACGACGAAGACAUGGAGGUCUUCCAGGUGAUUCAGACAUUUCCAAAAAGUUUGCUCGAUCCUAACGACAUAUUCGAUAAAGUCAUCUUCCGAAAGCGCAUCCGCUUCAACAGCUUGAACCAGGAAGAAAUUGACCGAUGCCGCAAGUACGUCAUGGGCCAGCGCCAGAAGCUCAAAAAUUACACCGAGAUCAUGGGCGACCGCAUUUCUGAUAAAGGCCGCGACCCGCGCAUCCACCUCGACAUCAUCAACGAGGCGCUAUCCUCCGAGGAGUACGGCUUCCGCCGCAAUCUCACCGGAGUUCACUGGAAUAACAGUAUUAAGGAGCGGGUCCGGCAGCUUAGUAAGAGAAAAUAG